AUGAGUGUCAUUGAAAACACCGAAGCAUGGCAACUACUGGAAUUAUUAUUGAGAAAUUCGCAGAAUCUAGCAAAAAGCUGCAAAGAAAAGCAUUCUUGCGCAUGGUCUUUCGAAAGAAUUCAAAAACCUACCGUUAACACUUUCUCAGCAAAUGUUUUCUUGCGGAAGAACUUCCUUCUUCUUUGUUCACUCUAUAGGAAUGCUCUCCGUAUUUCUUUAUAUUUCGUCAAACCUGGUGAGGUAAUGAGCGAUCGCGAGGUCGAAUUAAAGGAAACGCCACCGGCAAAAGUCGAACUGAAGGAAACGCCAACGGCAAAAGAUCCACCACCGUCCGUGACAGUGUUACCGGCGAUACCACCGAAAGUAGUGGAGGGAAUUGCCGCUGAUAUCGAACCUACUCAGCGCUUAAGCUCUUCGGAAAAUCUUCCACGUACAGGACGACGAGUUAGUUCGAUAGAGGUCGUUAAAGGAGCUCCACCACCCAAAAGAGCUUCCGUCGUAGUGUUCGAGUCUCCAGACACACCACCGCCGACACAGAAAGGAUCGUCGUGGUGGAGAAAUUUGGUGAUGGACGAUGACAAGACCCGUGCGCCGAAGGCGCCUCCGACUGCUCCGGAAAUCAUCAUUGGCGAUAACCAAGCGCUGAAUGGUUCUCUGGAAGAGCGCCAUAGAAAUAUAUCUACAAUUAGUAUGGGAGACAAAAAUGAACCGGAUAACGAGUUUUUCGAGAAUUUCACGGUAAAGGGAGAAACAGUGGGUCGAACAUGA